UGGCUAAGAAAGAAUGCCGCUGGGGAAAUACUAUUGCGAUUACUGCGAUAAGCAGUUUCAGGACACACCCUUUCACCGCAAAAGACAUAUUCAAGGCCUUCACCACCAAAAAGCCAAAGCCCUCUGGUACGCCUCCCUUCAUCAGCAUCCACCAUCAGAUCACAAUCACGUAACAUCUUUCAUUACUAAUACCAAUACUGGUGUCUGUAAUCGCUUCAUUCGUACGGGUUCAUGCCCAUACGGCGAUUCAUGUAAAUAUUUACAUCCCAAUCAAAACCUGCAAAACAGGAAUAUGCAGGGGUUUCCAGUUACCAACAGCAUGGAAACUCAAUUGGUGAGUUUCCCGGGGAGUCAAUCUGUUGAGAGUUCCUCAUUGCCAGGUGGCAUGGUGCUAGAUAGGACUGGUUUUAUGGUGGGAAAUCUACCUCCAUCAUUAAGACCUCCACCAGAAGGCGGAUAUCCACCUUUGCCAAUUGUAGAUUGGGGAUAAAGUAUGUGUUACGUGUCAAUUCUUUUAGCUAGGUGCAUUCAAGUGAUUGAAUUUAUCGUAGCCAUUAUGUGCUUGAGCAUGGAAGAUACUAUUUGUUGGGUUGGUAUGCCCUGUUUUUGUACAUAAUCUGAUAUCAAAAUUUUGAAGGAUAAAUUGGUAUACUAAGGUUACUAAAUAGGUGGUAUGCACUAAGCAGUA